AAUGCAUCUGUGGGGAUCUUCCAGUGACUGAUUGGUUUCUUGUUUGUUUGUGAGGCUGCAAGAAUAAGGGAAGGACAAGAUGCUCAUGAUAAAUAUGCAGUGGAUCACAGCACUGAACGUGGCACAGCAAGACUAGAAGUAAAUAAUAUCAGAGUGGAACAAAACUGACCAACGGAGCUAAUAAGAACAAGGCAAAUGGCACUGUGCAAUAUUCUUUACAAUCACUGUGGAAGAAAGUAAGCUCUGCUUUGUGAGGAACACCUAGCAAACCUAAAUAAUUAAUUGCAGACCACAUGGGUUCCAGCCACAGUGAAGGAAAACAUUCCGAUAGCUUGCAGUUUAUGAAAUAACAACCUAUUUCCUUGCUAUUUAUUUAAUUAGCUUUCAUGCACACUGUUCAAUUUACUUUGUGAGCCAAAAAGGUCGCUUGAAAGUAACAUUUGUGAUGUGUUUGUAAGUUUGUGAAGCAUCCUGUGUUACAGCACUCAGCUACCCCAUCCUGAAUGGAACAAGUGCCAUUUUCUGAUGGAACUGCAAUAAUCAGCAGCAAUAUAAGGGAGAGCAGCAAUAUAAGGCAAAGCAGAAUGUUCUUCUGUCCCAGGCAACGUAGGUAAAGUGAAGGAUGAGAUCUAACAGAGAUGAAACAUCCAACGUAGUAACUAAUACUCUGUUUUCUGGGGGACAGAGGCAGCUAUACUACAGCUCCUGACACUGCCACAGCCACCAAGUGCUCUCUCAGGGUGCAUCAGGACAUCCUCAGCCUUCUGGUUUCACAGCCCACUGUGCCCAGCAUGGAGAAAGCACAACCACCACCUCUGGAGCUGCAAAAUAUUCUCCACAACACAGAGGUAAGACAACUUCUCAUUUUUAUCAGCUGCUCUGUGCAGAGAGCAUGCAUUUAGAAAUGCACUGCAGAAACCACUGUCUUUUAUAGCUGAUAGCACAAAUGUCUGAUAAUUUUUUGAUGGUGUUCAAAACGUCUUUGUUUUCAGAGAGAGAAUGAGGAAGAGUUUUGAAAGAGAAUCUAAACUUUGAGAUUUUACUGAUUCUUAUCUGUUUUGGAUGUGCCUCUACUGGGAGGUUAUUUACACUACACACACCUGGUUAUCCAACCAGCUAUGAGAAAAUAUUAAUCAUGAAUUUAUAUACGUACAUACAUAUAUAUAUAUACUGCUAGUUAACAGAUAAUGGAGUUAGACUUGCUUUCAAAGACAAACUCAUCAUUCUGAAUGCAGUGAGUUAUCCUCUAUAGUCUGCAUCCCUGCUUCACUGAAUCCAAGGGCAGUGAUUGUCCUGGAGCCAUUCACCGUGCUCAUUUACUGGGGAUUGGGCUGUUGGUUUUUAAUGCCAGACUGCCUCUUGGUAACUGUGUAACCCAAACACUGAAACCCAAGCGACAACAGAAAUUAGCUACAAUUACAGACUUGUGGUUCUUUAUUAUCUUAAAGACAAACACAGAAGUAAGAAGACAGUGUUAAAGCAGUUUCUUGGAAGAGUUUUACAGUACUCUCCAUAGCCCUGCCUCACAAACACUGGGGGAAAACUCCAAACUAAGGAAAAAUGGAAAAUAUUUCACAUGGAAGUGAUUUCAAGUCUGGUGUUGCACUUUUACCUGGAUAUGGGGAUAACUACAAUUGCUAGAUUAUAGAAGGUGAAUAAAAAUGACUGAAAGGAAAAAAAUAAAUAAAUAAGAUUUGGGGCCUUAAAUACAAUGCACUGUUAGCUGGCCAAUCUCUUCUGAUUGGAUAUCUGAGAUAGGUAUCUGUCAGCAGCAGAAUCUGGAACAACAGAAUCAGAAAGUGAAAUGCAAAGCUGCAAUGGAAGGUGGCAUAUCCAUGUCCUUUGCAUAUUAAAAGUUCUUUAUUGUGUCCCCACUAGAAAUAAGGUAGCACUACUCCUGAGCCUCUUCUAAGUUAAAUAGAGCUCAAUAUCCUGUAUUGCUUUGUUUGCUUCUAUUGAAAAGGCUCAGAAAGAAAUAAGAGAAAAAAAAAAGAGAGAAACACAGGACAAAAAAAUGAAUUAAAUUCUUGGGAAUGGUACUUGCCUUUGUUGUUUUCUCAUCUAUGAGAUCAAGUUGCUUUUGUUUUUCUGUGGGAAACAAAGAAAAUGCUUUUCUACAGAGAAAUUCUUGUUUAAUUACUAUUGGAAGAAAACUGUCCAGGCAAUACACGACAAUUUUUUUUUGCUUGGAUUCACAUUAUUCUUUUUGACAGUAAGUCAGAAAUCACUAGAUAUGCUGCUUGUGUAGCUUUCCAGCUGACCAGGUCUUAUUUCUAAAGCCAGAGUCAAAACAUAUGAUCAAGAACUAAAAUAACACAUUUUCUGCAAGCUUUGAGCACUUCCAGGCAGUCUUAUGCCUUCCCAUUGACUCGAUUGUACUUGCCCUGAAAAACCAUUGUGUAUAUAUACCUAAGACACUUGAAGUGUAUGCUGUGUUUGCCAAAACUGUGCAAAUUUGAGUCUUAAGGUGGCAAAACCAUCUUUUCCCUAUAGAAAAUGAUAUCAUUAAUCAAGCACCUCCUUUAUUUCUCUGCAGUAGCUGCAAGCUUUUGGAUGACUGCUUUGGGUGGUGCACUGCUACUGCUUACCCAGCUGCAGGCUUGCUGCGGAAAAAGAGUUAACAAAAUGCUUUAGAAUAGGACCUGGCAGAACAUGAGAAACUUACUAAUCCAUUUCCUCCAUGUUUUCACAUUCCCUAACCCAGAACAGGCUCUGUGCUCCCUAGAUCAUUUGUCACUGAUUCCUGACUGAGGAGUGAUAAUGGAAACAUUUUCUUUACAGAUAACAAGUAGUUGAUUUCAGAGCCAAGCUGCAUGAGUUACAGAAAUACAAAGUGUUUGUCACUGCUGACUUUCCAAGCUGAAGUUCCCAUCAGCCUAAGGUGACCUUAGGAAGUGCAACACACAGAGUUCCUUCUAGUUCCUAUUGGAAACAGCACACCUUUUCCUCAGCUGCACAAGGAAGUGAAACCAUUACAGAUACACACAAAAAUCUGGAUAUAGUUCCCAUCCCACAAGAAAAUUAAAAAUGAUCUGUGGUAUUCUCUUUAGGAGUAGGACAAUGUGUUUUGAGGGAAUCUGCAAAUUGUCUGAGGACAUAAGAGAUCUAUGCCCUUGGUGCUUAGGCACGACCUCAAUUAAGUCACUUUAGGCCUUGUUUGAAUCAUUUAUUACAGGUGUUUCUUAGGGCUUUGUUAUUUUUCUGUCCUUUGGCUAUAUGGGGAGCAAGGAUCCACACCUCAAAAUCCCUCUUGGCAUUCCCAGCCUCAGACACCACGUUAAUCACAAUCCAUAGAAAGCAGUAGGCACAAAGCUCACAGGUUCUUGGCAUCUUGAUUCUCCAUCUGUCAAAUGGGCACAAUCAUGUCCUUUGGUAUCUUACAGCCACACUACAAAAUAUCUGCAUGAAAUCCUGGGAGGCACUUGUCUACUGCAAUAUGUAGACCUUCCUCAGAGCCAGCUGCAUCACACAGCAACAAUGAGACUACAGUCAGAAGGAAGGCUCACGUGCAUAGGAGGUUCCUUUGCUAGGCUCCCUACAAAGAGAAAUAAUAGAUCAUCUGGCACAUAAUUAAAUGUAUAACUGUUCACUUCUGUGACGAGCUUUCACAGACGGACACCCAGGAUCUGCAAAAACAGUGGGGUUUUUUCAGAUCUUUGAGUUCUUAGAUUCCUCUUCAGAUGGAGGGAUGAGAAUAGCUGCCUUCACACUUGACAGAUGCCUAACUUAACGUGACUCCGAAGGAAAGGCAAAUUCUCAGAGUGGUUUUAAGGCAGAGCACUGACUAGUAGAGGAGGCUUAAACUCCUGGCAGAAGAAACUGGCAUUCAUUGUGUCCUGCCCCAUUCAGGGAAACACGUCUGUGCUCAUAUUCUUGGAACACUGUUUGCACAUCCCAGUAAACAGCACUGCCACAAAGAAGCCCCUGCUCUGUCCCCAGUGCUUCCCUCUGCUGCACUCAAAGCUGAGAGUGCUGGUGAAGAGCUCAGCUUGAGAAGUGCCAACCUUAAAAUCUAUAGAGAGUUACACUAGCUGAAUGCACAGAACAGAAGACAAAUAGAACAAACUGUUUCUCUCUCCAUUCCAAAGUCAGCUCUGGAAAAGAAUUGCAUGAAACCCAAGGGAAAUGACAUACCCAUCCUUCUACUGUCUUACCCAGCUCUUAGCUUUUAGAUUUUCAAGGAGAAGCAGAAAAGGAAUUCUGCACGUUGCCCGAACCUAUGUAUAAAUCAGCGUGCUUUCACUCCACUAACUGCUGUCGUGUAUUACACUGAAAGCUGCCAGCACUCUCAGGGCCAGAAGCUUAUGGUAGGUUUCCACCUCUGACUUCUCACUCCUCCUUUGAGCACACAGCCACGUAACCUGGUGGCACAUUUCAGGAAAGCUGGAGGAAACUCGGCAGCAGCGGUGCAGCGUGCAGACUGUGAGCACAGAGCCCUCAGCCUGCCUGUGUGAUGCAACCCCUCCUCCCCCUGCUGCUCAGGAGCGUCUGCUUGAAGCUGGGAACUGCACACAGCUGAGCUCAGAACUUUGGGAAUGGCUCUGAGAAGACUGAGGAGCUGGCAGUCAGGAGCUCUGGGAGCUGACACACGCUGUAGGAGCCUUCUCCUUUGCAAACCCUUCAUCUCUGCUAAGGACAGGGCAGACGCAGCUCAAAGACGCUCGCAUCUGGAAGGAUCUCUAUUUGGAUUCUGCUGCUGAUAACACAGCCACUCACAUCCACAGAGGAAGAGAGGAAAAUUAUUGGAAACAGCAAGAUACUUUUCAAAGCGAGGAGUGGAAGGAGGCAGAUUUUCCCCUCCUUCCCCUUUUGGGAGAAAGGAGUUGCCCAACCUAGUCAUGAGACUUUCUCACACUUCCCAAAGCAGGCUCCUGGAGCGAUGACACGGCACCACUGAGUCUGGGUGGCGUAGCCCUGAGUGCAGGCAACCUGGUAGGCACGGAGAAUGGAGAAUGAGGUUGGCAAAUCUGUGGACAAUCAAAUGGACAAAUACAUAGUUACAAUAAUGGGGAAAUCAGAAAGUCAAAUGGAUAUUGUGGAAAAAUCAACAAAAUCUGGGAAGAAAUCCUGGCGCUUCGUGGCCAUUGGGCUGGCUGUCCUGCUGCUCCUCAUGACUUGUUCUGCAGUCGCCCUGGUAAUCCUGUAUGCCAGCAGCAGAGGCACUCAGUAUGGUACCAAUUCAGGCAAUAUAUGUACCACACCUGGUUGUGUUACAGCAGCUGCUAGAAUAAUUCAGAAUAUGGACACAACAGCUGAUCCUUGCAAGGAUUUCUACCAGUAUGCCUGUGGAGGCUGGCUGAACCGGCAUGUUAUCCCUGAAACUAGCUCCAGAUACAGCAUUUUUGACAUCCUGAGGGAUGAGCUGGAGAUCAUCCUAAAAGGUGUGCUGGAGAGUUCAGAUCAAGGGGACAGAGAAGCAUUUCAGAAGGCUAAGAUACUUUACAAGUCAUGCAUGAAUGAGAGUCUAAUAGAGCAGCGAGAUUCAUUGCCCCUGCUAGAGGUCUUAACAAUGGUUGGAGAUUGGCCAGUGGCUUCUGCAGACUGGAACAGCACCAAAGAACCAAGCUGGAGCAUGGAAGAGAAACUCUCCAUAAUGAACUCCAGAUUUAACAAACGUGUCCUCAUUGACAUGUUUGUAUGGAAUGAUGACCGGGAUUCCAGCAGACAUAUCAUCUAUAUUGACCAACCUAGUUUAGGAAUGCCAUCCAGAGAUUACUACUUUAAUGGGGGCAACUACCAAAGGGUAAGAGAAGCUUACCUGCAGUUCAUGAUCACUAUUGCUAAGAUGAUCCGAGAAGACAUGAAUAUAUCCAAAGACGAUUUGUUUGUCCAAGAGGAGAUGGCAAAGGUUAUGGAGCUUGAAACAGAUAUUGCAAAUGCAACUACCCCAGCAGAAGAAAGGCAUGAUGCAACCUUGUUAUACAACAAAAUGACCUUAAAAGAGCUACAGGAAAAGUUUGCAUUAAAUGAAUUUAACUGGACCUUCUUCAUCCAGGGUGUCAUGUCUUCAGUAAGCGUUCAGGUUGACCCAGAAGAAGAAGUUGUUGUAUAUGGCAUGCCCUACUUGCAAGAGCUGAAAGCAAUUAUUUCCAAGUACUCAGCAAGCACCAUCCAGAACUACCUCAUUUGGCGACUGGUAAUUGAUCGAGUCAGCAGCCUCAGUCGGCGUUUCAAGGAUGCUCGGGCCAGCUACAGGAAGGCACUUUAUGGGACAACACUGGAAGAAGCUCGCUGGAGAGAAUGCGUGAGUUAUGUCAACAACAACAUGGAGAACGCAGUAGGAGCAAUGUAUGUCAGGGAGACAUUUGCUGGUGAGAGCAAGAGGAUGGUCCAAGAUUUAAUAGAUAAGAUUCGUGAAGUGUUCAUUGAGACCUUAGAUGAGUUACAGUGGAUGGAUGAGGCAUCUAAAGCAAAAGCUCGUGAGAAGGCGUUGGCAAUUAAAGAACAGAUUGGCUACCCAGAUUAUAUCUUGGAAGAUCAAAAUGAAAAGCUAGAUCAGGAAUAUGCCAAUCUAAACUUCAGUGAACACAAUUACUUUGAGAACAUCCUAGAAAAUCUGAGAGCUGGAGCCCAAAAGAGCUUGAAAAAACUUCGAGAAAGAGUUGACCAAGACAUAUGGAUAAUUGGAGCUGCAGUGGUCAAUGCAUUCUAUUCUCCCAAUCGGAACCAGAUAGUUUUUCCUGCUGGGAUUCUACAGCCUCCAUUCUUCAGCAAACACCAACCACAAGCCCUGAACUUCGGAGGGAUUGGGAUGGUUAUUGGGCAUGAAAUUACUCACGGCUUUGACGACAAUGGUAGGAAUUUUGACAAAGAUGGAAAUAUGUUUGACUGGUGGAGCAAUUUCUCAGCUAUGCAUUUCAAGGAGCAGUCUCGCUGCAUGGUUCACCAGUAUGGGAACUACACGUGGGAGCUGGCUGGAGGACAAAAUGUCAGUGGAAUAAGCACACUAGGAGAAAAUAUUGCAGAUAAUGGAGGAGUCCGACAGGCUUAUAAGGCUUAUUUAAAAUGGCUGGAACAGGAAGGGAAGGAACCAAAGUUGCCUGGACUGAAUCUGUCCCACAAGCAGCUUUUCUUCCUCAACUUUGCCCAGGUCUGGUGUGGUUCCUACAGACCAGAAUAUGCCAGCCAGUCAAUAAAGACAGAUGUUCACAGCCCUCUGAAAUACAGGGUGAUGGGCUCUUUGCAGAACUUUGAAGCCUUCUCAGAAGUGUUUCACUGUAAAAAAGGCACUGCCAUGCAUCCUGCAGACAAAUGCAGAGUGUGGUAACCAAAGGACUACUGGCAAGAAUGG